AUGGGACCCCGGGGCGUCACCGGCCGCGCACAUUCGACAGAGGCUCCCCUGUCGAAUGUGACGCGGUCGGAUGAUCCUAGACCGUUGCCCGUGAGGUCCAGCGCCCAAUGCCCCCAAAUCUCCCCCACCCAGAAACAAACACAGACCCUUGGAAUUUGUACAAACCCCCUAACGAGAGUGCAGCGCGGGGUGUGCCCACCGCCGCGCCGGCUGCCUCCGGCCGACGGGCCCCCGCCGACCGCUGACGGUCCACUGACAACUGCUGACGGGCUACCGACUACUGCUGACGGUCUAUCGACAACCGCUGACGGUCCGCCGUUGCCCGUCAGCGGUCGGCCCACCCACACGCCGUCGGCAGCCGGCGCGGCCGCGCUCCAUUUACUUUAUGUACCUUUAAUGUAUUGCGGCAUGGUGUCGCCUCAGCCGUCGUUCUGUAACGUUUCGGACAUGUCUGCAUCGGCGUCAGGCGACGACUAUGAAUACACUGGCGGCUCCGGCGACGGCUACCAGCGCUCCUCCAAACGGGCCUAUCACGGCUCGUCAACGGGUGGGAGUGCAUCGGCAACAUCGUACCAUCCUUAUCGGCGC